GGGUAGUAAGUGAGGGACGGCGGAGGAGCAGCAACAACAGCAACAAUAAGUAGUAGCGCCGCCGAUUGCGAUACGAUCGGCCGAGUAUUUGAUUGUCUCCGCCGUAUUUCGACCUCCUUCCUGCCCCGUUGGGCUGCUGAUACCUGUCCCGGAGGCUCGGGGCCUACGGCCUGGCGACGGGGAGGAAGCCAGGGACUCGGGUAACCCGCUGGUCGUCCGCUCCCACCGCUGGUUAGCCGUCUCUCCAUUCCUCUUUACCACACCGUCCCCUCCGCCGGCACCAUGUCCUCCUGGUUCGGUGGGAUUGGCUCGGGCCUGGGGCAAUCUCUGGGUCAGGUCGGGGGCAGUCUGACCUCCCUGACUGGCCAGCUCUCCAGCUUCACCAAAGACAUGUUGGCAGAAGGUGCCGAGGAAGUGCAAGAUCCUGCCAGUGAACUGCAUGUAUCCAAUUCCAGACUGAAGGAUGUUGAAAUAGCUUACUCAACACAAAAAUCAGAGUAUGAACGGUUGAAGAAACUUUAUUCUGAUCUCGAAGAGAAAGAGGCAGCCGCAGAACUCCAGAUAAAGCAGCUGUCUUCAGAAUACAGAAACCAGCUACAGCAGAAAGAAGUUACAAUAAGCCUGUUGAAAGCAAGACAGAAUUCCUUACAGGAUCAAGUACAGAAGCUCCAAUCUGCUGCUCAGUCAUCACAAGUUGGUGUUACCUCAAGCACAACCUCCACUGCCUUUCUGACGGUAGAUGUGCCUCACACAUCCACAUUUCAUGGGGAUACCAUGGAUUUUGGAGAUGUUAUCUGGUCCCAACACGAAAUUAACAGGCUUUCCAAAGAGGUCUCUAGGUUGGAAGUUGAAGUUGCCCAUUGGAAAGUGCUAGCCCAGGGUCAAGGUUCAGACAGUUCUGGCGAGGAUGAAAAAUACAAAUUGCAAAAGACAAUCGAGGAGAUGAAGAAGCAGCUUAGUCAGGAGAUUGAUGACCAUCAGCAUGAGCUGUCAGCUCUGCAGGAUGCACAUCGACAGAAACUAACCAACCUCACGCUCCGGCAUAGGGAUGAACUUGCAGAAUAUGAAGAACGGAUUGAAGAGUUGGAGCAGCAGUUGCAAGAAGCAGGUGCUGUGCCGUCAGACCAUUCAGUACUCCUUGAGGAGAGAGCAGAUCAAUUAGUAGCCAAAAAGCAGUCUGGAGAUGAGCUGGAAAAUCAAGUUAAGACCAGGAACGAGGAACCAGCUGAUGGUUUGCUCCAUGAGAAGGCAAAUUCUUCAACAGAGAUAAGACAACUGAAAGAAGAAUGCAAGAGACUACAGGAGGAAUAUACGAAGUCACAAAACUGUAUUCAGGACCUGCAGGGUACUGUAGAGAAACAGAAAAACCAAUUAUCAGGGAAAGUGGCACUGGAGGAAGAAGUGUACCUACUCAGGCAGGCUGUUGCAGAUGCAGACAAUAAACUGAAGAGAUUGAAUAACACGAAUGAAGCUAAGUACAAUGGGAAGGAAGAUAUUCAAGAGCUGAAAGCAAGUCUGCAGUUGUCGAUCCAUGAAAAGGAGAAAUUGCAGAAAGAAAAGGAUGCUAUCCAAGAGGAACUUUCAAAGCUGCAGAAUAUGCCGGGGAAUGGAAAUUCUCUUUCAGACCUGAACAGUCUGACAAAGGAAGUGAGUGAGCUCAGGCACAAUCUGUCAACUAAAGAGAGUGAAUUACUGGAGAUUUCCAUGCAGAAAGACACAUUAAUGUCUGAACUUGAAGAACUGGAUAAGCAGAAUCAAGAAGCUACUGAGCAUGUGAUCACAUUGAAAGAUCUACUGGCGCAGCAGCGGAAAGAUUCUGAAAACAAGCUCAAAGAAUUGCAAUCAGAACUGGAGAUUGUUGCAGUUGAUAAGGCAUUAAUGGUAGAAGAGCUAGAGUCUCAGAGAGACAAGCUGAGUCAGAGUGCUUUUGCACUUAAUGAGCUGCAUAUGAGCAAGCAGCAGCUGGAGAUGAAGGUCAAAGGCCUAAUGGAGGACUUGAGCAAAUCAAACACGCAUAGCUCUGACUUGAAGGCUGAAAAUUUAAAUCUUUUGAAGAAGGUGCAGAGUACUGAAUCGCAACUGUCAAUAGUCAAGGCAGAGUUAACACAAACUGUUCAGCAAGCUUUAAGCAAACAAGGUCAAGAAGAAUUGCUGCAAGUUAAAGAGAGUGAAAAUAUCGAGCUAAGGAAACAGGUCUCAGAAAUGAAAUGUAUAAAUGAUGAGUUACAAAUUGACCUCAAAAUUCAGAAUGAAAAAUUGGCUGCAGAAAAGGAGGAAGCCACUGUAACUAUAAAUGAUGUUAAAGAGCAGCUUGAGGCAGCUGUAGCCAGUAGAAGUGAGAUUUCCAAGGAGGGAGUCACUUUACUGGAGGCAUUGCGAAUGGAGAAGGCCCAGCUGGAGUUUGAAUUGAACCAGGCUGAGAAACGGGUAAAUGAAGAGGCGGCAAAAUAUGAGCACACUAUCAAGGAGCUAACAAAGGCUCGAAAUUUAGAUGCAACAGCUUUGCAGAAAGAGCAUGACCAUCUUAUCAAGGCUAACCAGGAAAAGGACUUUAAGAUUGAAGAACUCAAACGUACUGUACAGCAACUAGAAACCGACCAUGAAGAGACUAGAGAAAUGCUGAAAUCUAGUUUGGAUGGACAGCAGCAGUUGACUGAUCUUUUGAAUGAAAAGGAGGUAUUUGUUGAAGCACUCAACGAAAGAAGUUCAGAGUUACAACAAGAACUUGAAAAGAAUGUAAACAUUUCCAGAGAUUGCGAAUCCUUGAAGCAAUGUCUUGAAGAGAAAGACCGACAAUUAAGUGCAAUGAAAGAGGAAAACAACCACCUCAAGGAAGAAAUGGAUCGCUUCCGGGACCAACAAAGCAGGCCUCAGCCUACUGCUGAACCCAAGACCCUUGACAUAAUAAUCGAGCUUGAGACAGAGAUAACUGAACUGAACAAUAAAAAGAACAGUCUUGAAGAGGAAAUAAGGCAGCACAAAAAGACAGUUGAGCAGCAAAAGCAAAAUGUUUUAGAGCUUCAACGUUCUAUACAAGCACAAGGGAAAGAAGGGGACGAAGCAAAAACACAGUGUCAAGAGAUUACUUCAAUGUAUGAAAAAUUAAUUUCAGAGAAAGAUAAAGAAAUUCACAGCUUGCAGGAGUCCAUUGAUCAAAUGAGAACUCAGUUUCAGAGGGAGGCCCCAGUCUCUCCUGCAGAUGCUCCAGUCAUUCUCCAAGAAACUAAAGUGCUAACAGUGAAUGGAGAAAAUGGCAAUGAAAAACAUGAUUUGUCCAAAGUGGAGAUUGACAGGCUGGUUAAUGGACUGAAAGAAAAAGAAAUGGAGAUAAAAGUAUUAAAUGAAAAAUAUUUAUCUCUGAAUAAGCAGUUGGAUCAGUUACCCAUUUUCAAAGAUGAAGUUGGUAGACUUACUCAAAUCAUUCAACAGAAAAAUGUGGAGAUCCAAACACUUCAUGCGCGGGUGACACCUGGCUCAUAUAUGCAAGUUGGUGCAGAUGUGGCCUACUUGCAACAGCAACUGCAGGCUUAUGCAAUGGAGAGAGAGCAAAUGCUAGCAGUAUUAAAUGAAAAGACAAGGGAAAACAGCCAACUGAAGACUGAAUAUCAUAGAAUGAUGGACAUUGUAGCUGCAAAAGAAGCUGCUCUGUUGAAGCUACAAGAAGAAAAUCUGAAAAUGGUCAAUAAGUAUGAGAAUGAAAGUCAAGACAUGGUACGGGAAACAAUCCAGAAUUUAUCCCGGAUUAUACGUGAGAAGGACAUGGAAAUAGAUGCCCUUACCCAGAAGUGCCAAACUUUAGUCACUGUCUUGCAGACAUCUGGAAUGGGAUCUGGAGGCGAAUCAGGCUUGGUGAGCAGUAAUCAGUUUGAAGAGCUUUUGCAAGAGCGUGACAAACUAAAACAGCAAGUAAAGAAAAUGGAGGAAUGGAAGCAACAGGUGAUCACUACUGUUCAGAACAUGCAGCACGAAUCUGCUCAGCUGCAGGAUGAGCUCCUUAAACUUCAGGGCCGCUUGUCAACGGAUGGUGACUGUAACUCCCGGCUUCAAGUAGACUACAACCGAUUAAUUCACAGUUACGAGCAAAAAGAGAAGAGAUUGCAAACCUUAAGUCAAGAAUUGGCUGAGGUCCAGCAAAGUAUUGGGCAGCUCAGCAGUACCAAGAAUCUUAUACUCGAUAAGUUGGAUGGGGUACCAGUAUCUGGAGUAUUGCAAACACCAGUUUCUUGCAGUGGAUUUUCUUCCGAAGAACAACUUGACCAAAUUAAAAAACUGCAACAAGAAGUAGAACGCUUGAACAAGAUGUUAGAGGGAAAGGAGGCCACAAUAGUUGAACUUCAAAAUAACAUUAAAUCAUUGAACUCUCAGGCAGCAGAUGCUGAAAUGGGCAAAAAGGAACAAGAUGCUACUGCCCUGGAGAUGAAACAUGUAAGGGAAAGAAAUGAGGAGCUUCAAAGAUCAUUCAGGGAAAAAGAUCUUCUCAUUAAAUCAAAAAGUGAUCAGUUGUCAUCAGUGACCGAGAACCUAAGGAACAGGGAUGCUGAAAAUGAAGUUUUGAAGCAAGCUGUCACUAAUCUGAAAGAGCGAAUUUCAUUUUUAGAGAUGGAUGUUCAUAAAGUCCAAGAAGAGAACGACCAAAUUGUAGCUAAAUCGAGAGAAAAAGAAACUGAAUUUCGAGCCCUGCAGGAGACUAAUAUGCAGUUUUCUAUGAUGUUGAGAGAAAGGGAAUUUGAGACAAAUUCCAUGAAAGAAAAGGCUUCUGCUUUAGAAAAACUGCUGAAGGAGAAAGAAGAGGGAAAGACUGGUGAGUUAAAUCAACUGCUGAAUGAAGUGAAAUCAAUGCAAGAGCAAGCUGGGAUGUUUCAGCAUGAGAGAGACCAAGUAAUGCUGGCCCUCAAACAGAAACAGAUGGAAAACUCUGCAUUAGUGAAUGAGUUGCAGCACACACGUGAUAAGGAGCAGCGUUUGUACCAGGAUUUGCAGCGAUUGCGACAACAUUUAAUUGAGAUGGAAGAGUCAUACACCAAAGAGGCCUUGGCAGCUGAGGACCGAGAGGCCGAGCUGAGGAAGAGGGCUACUUUUCUGGGGGAAAAGUUAGCAUCCUCAUCUUCUGCUGUAGAAAAUGCCAGCCACCAAGCCAGCCUCCAAGUGGAGUCCUUGCAGGAGCAGCUUCAAACUAUUGCAAAACAGCGAGAUGAAGCAGUGAUGCAGUUGAAUACGUCUCAAGAACAAGUGAAGCAGUAUGCAAUGUCACUAACUAACCUGCAGAUGGUGAUAGAGCAAUUCCAGCAGGAGGAGAAAGCGAUGUAUGCAACUGAAUUGGAGAAGUAUCAGAAGGACAUUGCUGAGUGGAAGAAGAAAGCAUCAAAUCUUGAGAAAACAGUCACAGAUUUGGAGCAACAUUUAAAAGAAGCAAAUGAGGCUCUAGAUUCUGCAUCAAGACUAGCUGAACAAUUGGACCUUAAAGAGGAGCAACUGGAAGAUCUUAAAAAGCAAGUUGUGACUCAACAGGAUGUGUUGGAAGAUGCACAGAGAAAACUGCUGAACCUAGUCAAUAACAGUGAAGGUAGAAUUGACAAGGUCUUGAUGAGAAAUUUAUUUGUGGGUUACUUCCAUACUCCAAAGAACAAGCGUGAUGAAGCAAUAAGACUGUUGGGAAAUGUUUUGGGGUUAAAGAAAGAAGAGAUUAAAGAGCUCUUGGAUAGUGAGCAUCGUGGAGUUACUGGAUGGGUCACUAGUUGGCUUGGUGUUAACAGAGGUGGUGGAACACAAAGUUUCCCAAGUACGCCACAGAGACCAAACCAGAAUCCUGACCUCAACAACUCUUUCUCACAAAUGUUUGUGAAGUUCCUGGAAGUAGAAUCUCGACCUUCCCUCCCACCGCCAAAACUUCCAGUUUACGAUGUGCACCCAGUUGGAGCCAUGUCUGGAAGCAGCCAGCCAUCCAGCAGCUAUUCUGGCCAUACUGCAGGUACUUUAGGAGAGGGUUUGGUGAAAAAAUCUGACUCGAAUCCUUUCUUAGCACCGCGUUCUGCUGCCAUCCCCCUCAUCACAUCAACAGCCUCUAGUGGUGUUGGGGCCUCUCAUCUCCUCAUGAAACCAAUCUCCAAUGCUCUUCCUACCUUCACACCUCUACCAGUGUCUCCAGAUUCUAGUGCCGGAGCUGUACUUAAAGAUCUCCUCAAAUAGUGAAAAAACUGGAGCGAACUACUACAGCACUUUAAAGUGAAAUAACACUAUAGACUCUUGUUGCACAGAGGGACCUUCUUCAGUGUGCACAAAGUCUCCCAAGUGUUAUUUACAUCUUUUCAAAUACUCUUCUUUAGUUAGAAAUGCUAAGUCUAUGAAGAUUGCAAGGACGCCAGCCCACUGUCCAACUAGAGAAGGUUUGCCCAAGAUGUAGAACACUUUCUGCCUCUCUAAAAGCCUAGCUAUGAAUACUUGUACUAAAAACACAAGGUGAUCAUUAUUACUGACUGCAAAUACUGAUAUCUGGCACUUAACUGAGAUCUGUGGUGUUGGAUAAUUACUGUUCAAAAAAAAUUUACAGAUGCUGCUGGGAUUCAGUAUCCUUCCAAAAUCCUAAUGGGAUUUACCUGGUUGGAAUCUAUAUGCAGUAAUGGAUUUCCAUUUCCAUCCCCUCUUGAGAAAAAAUAAAACAUCGUCCGUAGAGUUCCAAAGAAAUACAAUUGCAGUGUUGCAUACUUGAAACCUACUAUAACUGGACUGCCUCUUGUAACUUAUUAUACUGUCGUAUGCGAUACCUGCCAUGGUAGUAAAUGGUUUACUUUACUCUGUGUUGCUGCAUUUAACCAAGGUGAGACCAGUGGUGGACAAGCUUUACUUUGAUUUUUUCAUUUUAUUUUAUGAAAAGAAUGAAUUGGUAACCUCCACCUCCCCACCCUCACCUAUCCAGGAGGUUCAAGAGAUUUGGUGGUGAAGGCUCCUUAAUUUAAACAAAAAUUGUCUAUUAGUCUGCUAAGCAAUUGUAAAUCUAAAUAUAAAUUAAAGUAUUGGUUUAAUAGAGGAUGCUUUGCUAUUUUGAAUGGGCGAAUUCCAUAGUAAAUCUUUAGAAGUUUCCAAUUCUAAAGACAAAAGCCUCGUAAGUCUUUGGAAUUUUUUUGUUUUAAUUUAAACCAUCAGCAACCUGGCUGCAGGUAGCUUGAAAUGUAUUCACUCACUGACCAAUGGAGCCAUCUUAGCCCUCCAGGUGCCCCGAUAGGUUUUGUUUUGGUUUGCUGAAUGGGUUUGUUUUGAAUAUUUCAAAGAGGCCUGAUGUUCAUAAGCACAACAGACUUUCAGUUGGAUCCCAGAUAUACAAAGGAUUUCAUUGAGCACUGAAAUUGGAGUAAAUAACUUCGGUACUUAUUUCAACUGCGUGGUAAAGGGUAGAAAUCCUUUUCAAUCAUGCCUGCAGAGAAUAAUCUAUAAAUGUGUUUGAUGCUGUUUAGUGCCAAGAGAUCUGUACUUUUUUUUUGCAGAUGAUGUUGGUCUGAUGAUCUCUUAAUCUUAUGUUAUGAUUCUGUUGGAGUAAUAUGUAUGAUUCUGGACCUGACACUAUGGAGUCACUUCAGGCCUUUCUGUUGUACAUUAUUCUAGAUUACACCUCACUGUAUCAGUGAGAGAGACAGCGAUCACCAGCUUACAACAGAACUCUUUGUAUAAAUUGUUUGCUGUUUCCACAGCUUAUGUUCCAUCUUACAAAUGUCUACAGAUUUAUAAUAACCAUUUGAGCUCUAAAUUAUCCAGAGUUGAUUUAAUGUAUUGAUAUUUGGUGUGAAAUAUUGUAGUUAACCUGAAGAGUGACAUCUCUUGGAUAUAUUAUAGUAAACUCUAAUUUUGUUAAAAAUAUUCAGGUUCAUCAUUAAAAUGAUUCGGGAAUUUCUGUGUGUGUGUUAAAAUGGAAAAUAUUAUCAUAGCCUACGAAAUUAAUCCUCGGGAUUGGGGUUGGGUAUUUUUUUCUGUUUUGUAGUUGAGUUAUUUAGCUUUAAAAGAGAUUUGAUUUGAGAAUGGACAUGCAGUCCCCCUUUUAAUCAAAGAUGUAGUCUACAUUGCCAAACUCCUUGGGCUUUCAAUCAAGGCUGAAGAUCGUUGUAUUUAUAGUUGGAGUAGCCAUUUACAAACUCUUUCUCCAAAACUAAUUUUUAACUCCUAUAAUGCAAGCUAAUUAUAUUUUCCUUCUCUAGGUUUUAAAUUUAUCUUCCUCCAUCUUGCCUGAAAGUGUGGACUUAUUUUCUGGAUAUCAUACCAUUGCUUUGGAAGGUUUUCUGUUGUCUUGAUCAUGUCUCUUUUCUUAUUCAUUCGAGGGGUGUGUGUUGCUGCUUUCUUAAAACUGCGACAGUCCAUGCUGGUUAGGUACAUACUGUAAGGAAGUGAAUCCUGAACAUUGACCCAACGGUGAUGAAGGAACAUUGAGUUAUUUUCAAGUCAGGGUGGUAUGUGACUUGGAGGGAAACUUGCAGGUUCGACUGUCUUUGUGCUAAGCGGCGAAGUCAUAGAUUUGUUUUGUUUAUUGUAUGUGAAUAUGGUGACUGUUGCAGUCUGGUUACAGGCCAUCUGCACUGAAGCUCACUCAGUGCGGCCCACAGGUUUCACAUGGGGUUAGAAUCCUUUUGGAUUUGCAGAAUGGAAAUUUAAUCAAAUCUGUCCCAGCAAUUAGCAUCACAGUCCCAUUAAAUUUACACUUUCUUUGUUAUGUUCGAUCUUGAAAUAUAAGAAAGCAAAAGCAAUGAUAAGACUAUUUUCCUGCUCCUCGGAUGCUGCCUGAACUGCUGUGCUUUUCCAGCACUGCUCUAAUCCAGAAUCAUAGACUAUUGUUAGGGCUGUUGUGCUGCAGUGGUAUUGUCCUUACCUCUGGGCCUGAAGGCCCAGACUCCAGUCUCACCUGCUUCACAGGUUUGCAAUAACAUGUCAGAACAUGUUGAUUGAAAUUAUUUAAAGUUAUUGUUUCAGGAAUGUAAUGUAAUAGUUCUGAGCAUCAAGCUACCCAGAAGAAUGAUGAGAGGCUAACCUAUUUGUUUCUUGAUGCAUGGUCAGAAUUAUGUUUUGGGUCUGUGCAUAUAGUGUUAUGAUGUCAAAAGCCGCAUAGCAUCUUGCGGUCAAUGAGUACUUUUGAGCUGCACAAAACACAGCAGCCAGCAAGUUCCCACUAAAAGACGUGAUAAAGGUAAGAUAAACUGUUAUUUGGUGCAAUGGUGAUUGAAAGAUAUGUCAGUCAGGACAGAGGGAUACCUUCCUUUUGUUUGAAAUAGUGUCAUGGGCUCUUUUAUCCUUAAACAGACUGGGCCUUAGUUUGAUGUUUCAUCUGGAACGCGACAGUUCUGACAGUGCAGCACUCCUUACUAUUGCACUGCAUUGUCUGCCCAGACUUUUGUGCUCCAAUAUCUAGAAUGAAAUUUAUAACUCAGAUAGAAAAACUGAUCCUUGGUUAACAGUUUGAAGAUUUAAACUCUACUGCAAUUUAGGAGCACAUAUUCCCAAACAUCUAUUCAUUGUAUUCCUGGAGGAAUGCAAUACUAUUGGUGAUUAGUCUUUCAGGUGAAUUGUUAAGUUUUUGUUGUCUCAGAUAACAAAUCCCACUGUGUUGUUCUGGCCAGUAUUUAUUACCUGUUCACUGUAAUUAAAUAUAACUGUUCACCAAAUCCUUUACCUAGUUGUUGAUUUUGGUACCCUGCUGUGCAUAAAACUUGCCACUGAAUUUUCCUACAACAGAGCACCUCAUUGGCAUUAAAGCACGUGAGAUGUCUGAAAAUCAUGAAAGGUCCUGCAUCAUUUCUCUGAUGAGGGCAUUGGAUGUACCGUACCUAUUGUUUCACUUUUAUAUAGAUCACAGAAUUCAAGUUUAUGGGCUAAGCACUAAGCCAGGUGACACAUCCAAGAACCCCAAAAUCUAUGGAGAAAUUGUGCUGUAUUCUUGUUGAAGAUACAAUGCUGGGCACGCAGGGCAUUGAAACACUGUGGUCUGUUUUCAACUGUAGAAUAUUUAUAUUGAAGCUGUGUCAAAAAUAAAAUUUAAUUUUAAUUUCAGAAGACUCACCACCACUUUUUUUCUUCUCUUCCAUCUAACAUUCUUUUAGCUUCUCUUUGAGACUGCCAGUUGAGCACCAUUGUUUUCUCUCCACCUUCCCCACUGGAAAGCAUCAGGUCUCAUCUUGAUGGCUGGCAUUUAAACCUGUAGAAAGGUGGAGAGUGUACUAAUGUUGAUCAAAGGCUGGAAAUUUAGAAGAAGAAUUUCUUGUCCAGAAUACGUAUGACACAAAGACUAUUAUCCUUUUACAAUUGGACCUACAUUGGAAACCUGUGCUAACUUGUGAAGUUUCAGUGACUUCUCUAUUGACUGAGUAAGUUUAAUAUCAUAUGCAUGCUCUCCUACUUAAACAUGGCUCUAAUUUAAUAGCAAUCAUUUAGUACUAACUUCAUUUUUUAAAAUGUAUUUUUAUUAGAAAAAGGAAUUAUUUUCUUUUGAAUAUUACAGCAAAUAUGAAACCAAACAAUCCAAACCAAUGUUAAGAAAUGAACUCACCAAUUACAUAAAUAAUAACUAAUAACAAAGCUAAAAAAGGAAAAUCUUAACAAUAAUAACAAUAACAAUAGUACAGCUCAGCGAAACAAAGCAAUACACCUCAAUCAUCACACGCAUAAGUUUUUUCAUAUUCAUAUGUUUGUAGUUCCUCCUGUCUGGAUACCAGAUUCAUUACAUAGAUUUGCCAUAACUAUGUAAAGGCUCUUAUUAGUAUGGCGGACACAUCUGUACCCAGGUAGUCCAAAAAGGGCCACCAUGCCUUAUAGAAGUUCUCAGUUUUAUGGUGCACCAUACUAGUAAGAAAGUCCAAGGGGUUGUGCUCCAUGACUAGCUUAUGCCAGCCCGCCAACCCCGGGGAAUUUUCUGACACCUACCCUAAUAGAAUGUACCUUCUGAAAAGCCUUUGUGUGUGUGUGUGUGUGUGUGUGUGUGUGUGCGCGUGCGCGCAUCUAAUGAAAGUGAAUUAACAAAGCCAUGAAGUUAGAGAUACUGGGUCCAUCUCCACCUCCGUCCCCAAGGCUUUCUCUAUUUCGCCUAGCCCAGCGCUCCAGUAUGCCCACAGUCUGUGGCAGGACCAAAGACAAUGAGUAAGCGUUCCCAUGCUCACUUUACAUUUAGGCCACAUUGGAGAUGCUCUUGCUUUGAAUUUGAUGAGGCAGCCUGGGGCCAAAAGGACCCUAUGGAGAAUCUUCAAUUGCAAGGCGUGGGUUGUGUUCAACUAACUUCAUUCUUGAAGACGAGCAAGCAUAACUGGGAGGUUUAGAGAGGUGGAUGAACUUGCUAUAGUGAGGUACAGGAUGCUUUGCUGAAAGAGUAUUAUUUAGACUAACUUAAGACAACUUUAGUGCUGUGUAACUGAAUACUGUGGACAAUGUAAUGAAGUGAGUGGAGCUGAGCCAAUAUUCAAAUAAUAUGCUUGGAUAUUUUUGCUUGAAUUGAGUAUUGACACACUUUUGAAUCCUGUGCUGUUGUUCAGGCUUCCGAGUAACUCUUGGAAAUAGAAAUAAGGUUAUUUUAGUCAUUUUAGCCAUGCAUUUAAUUAAAUUGUAAAAUUCUUUACUUAUUAAUGCGAGGAACUAUAGCUGGUUUUCUGAUGUAGUUCUAGUCCGAGGUUUAUAAAAUGCAGAUGAAUUCCUGCAAAAGUGCCUCCCCGAGAGCUUUUAUAAUGGAUCAGUAGAUAACUGCAUUAAAUAACAUGGUGCUAUACUGUGCUGAUCUGAAAGCCCCACGUUUGAUUUGGCAUUGGUAGCUUCAGUUGGCCUCAGCAUCUGUCUGAGUGAAAGUGUAUAUAUGCAGAUAUUGGUGGGAUCAUGUCAUGACUGAGUUUGGCUUGGAAUCCUUUUCCAUCCCCGCAUGAUCCAUCCAUUUACUGACAUUGCGACAGCAGUUCUGGCGUAGGAUGAAUGCCCAUUUAGAUGAGACAUUGGAAAGGCACAAACUUUGCUCAAGGUUGAUAUGCUGCCUUAAAGACUAGAGAAGGAAGAGUGACUCAGAGUGGAAAUUUUUGUGCUUUUUAUUCUUUUGAUUAAUUUUGCAGGAAUCGAAAUGUUCCACAAAACUACUUCAUUUCUUUUUUACAACUCUGUGUACCUUUGUUUUCUCUCGAAUUUGGUUUCCCUGUAAAAUUAGAUUUCACUUUUGUACUACUACAGUUUCUUUGUGAGCAUAUUUAUAGUACAUAGACGUAGGAGUAAGCUGCUCUCCUUUAUUCGGACAAUUUUACGUAACAACUGAAUUAGAAAAGUCCAUUGUUUUGUUUCAUGUAUACAAAGGAAAUUAUGAUACAACUGUUUUUAAAAUUGUUUGAAAUUUCCAGUGGAGUUAAAUUUACAAUUUAAAUGUUACAAUUUUGUUUUUGUUUUAAAAUAACUGAAAAAUAUUUGACCUGUUCAUUCCAGUUAAUCUUCCUGUUUCAAAUCUGUUUUUUCUUCAUGAUGUCAGGUAUAUAACCAUGCGAUACUCCUACCCAGAUGGAAAGAAUAUGUAUCAAAUUAGCUAGUAUGAAAACUACGAAAAAAUGUAUCCAAUGUCGCUUAUUCAGUGUUGCAUUUACUGGAGCAUAUCCUGAACCAAAUACUAUAAUUUUUAUUUGUAAGUUGAAAGUCAAAUUAAUGAUUGUCAUAUGAUAAAAUUCAUAAAAUGACUGACUGUAGGGGAAGAUAUAACACUUUUCAGUGGCAACUUGCAUUUAUGUAGUUUUUUUUAGGUAAUGGAACUUAAUGUGCUUCAUAGGAGCCUUAUCACUACAACUCAAAUCAAGCCACAUAGCGCAGUGUUAGGCUAAGUGACCUAAUCCUUGGUCAGAGUUGGUUCUAAAGAGCAUUUUAAAGUGCAGUGGCUGAGAGGGAAUUCCAGAGCUUCGACUCUAACUAGCUGAAGAUGUGAUGGAGUGAUUAAAAUAGGGCCUGCGCAAGUGGCCGGAAGUUGAGAAAUGAUCAGGUCUCAAGGCUGUUUGAUUGAAUCUAGUUUGGAGGUCUCCGGUCUCAGGCAGGCGUUUGGAGUUUAUGUUCAGUUUCUGCAAUUUAGAUGAUUAUAGCACAAAAGAGUUGGUUUGAAAACAAAGGCAUAAUUGAUUAACUGGCAUAAAAAAUAUCAAUAAAUGUGCUACAGAGGUUAAACUUUCUGUAUUUUGCCUUUUAAAAGGGAAGAAAACUAGGGGUAGUACACAAGGCAAAAUUCGAACAUGUACUUUAAUCAUAAAUCUCAAUUGUUAGGAGCACUAUGCUGUAUCAUCAUAGCAAUGGAUCAGUGGUUUUCCAAGUCACUGAAUAGUUGCAGCACAGAAGGGGUCAUUGUGACCCAGUGUGUCUUGAGAUAGCUCAUAAAUUGAGUACCUCACUUGGCGCCAUCCUCCUGCCUUCUCCCAAUAUCUUCAUGUAUGGUUCCUUUUCCAGAAACAAUCUAACUCCCCCUUGAUUGAACCUGCCUUCAUCAUACAUUCAGACAGUGCAUCCUAGAUCCUAACCACUCAUUCUAUGUAAACAAUUUUCUUUAUUUUGGUAUUUUAAACUAAUUAACUCUGCCCUCCCGCUGCUUAUCCUUUCAUAAAUGGGAGCAUUUUCUCCCUGUUUGCUUUGUCUGGAUGUUUUAAGAUUUAAUACCUCUGUCAGAUCUCCUCUCUUCCUUCCCUUCUCCAAAGUAGACAAACCCAACUUCUCCAAUGUAUCAUCUUAACUGAAAUUCCUCAUCCCCGGAAUUUUUCUUGGGAGCAACUUCACGCUGAAGUGUAACAGCCAGAAAUGGACGCAAACUCCCGCUGAGGUUAAACUAGUGCCUAAGGCAAGUUCAGCAUAGCCUGCUUGUUCUGUACUCAACAUCCCUACUAAUGAAGCCCAAGGUACCGUAUGCUUCAUUGACUGCUGUUUCAACCUGCCGUGCCACUUUUGAUGACAUGCAUCCAGAUCUACCUGCUCUAGCACCCACUUUAACAUUUGGCCUUCAUUUUAUAUUGUGUCUCUGUGUUCUUCGUACCAAAAUGAUAUUUGUUUUUGUAAUUGCUCCACAGAGGCCAAUAUCCUGUCACCAAAUCAUUCUUUGUUUAUGUUUGGAAAGUCCUUGACACUGAUCCAGCUCCCUCAAAGCCAGCUUGAGGUGUCAGGAAUAUUUGAAACUUCUGUUUUUGUCUGUUAGCUAGGGCUCCCUGAUUUGGACCAGAUAUACAGUGCCAAUCAGGAAACUCAUUCUAUAAUGUCCACCUAGCUGACCUUGUUACAAUUGCUACAGUCUUAGCUACUUAAUUGAUAAAAUUGCUGAUUUUGGUAGAGGCCUGAUGGUUAAUAUAACAAAGUCGAGCAAUAACUUAGAUUUCUGUAAUGGGCCUAUGAACUAAAAAUAAGCAGUUUUGACUUAGUAAAUUGGUAAUAAAUGAUAAAAGCUCAUCAAAAGAAUAUACUUCCUCACUGCAUAGCUUUCUGUUUGAGUACACAUUGUUGGAACUUCAGAAGGUGCAAGAGAGACACUGAUGUUAAGAUUUAGGUUGAAGAAUUUAUCCACAGUCAUGAAUGUUAGAACCCUUUCAUUUCCCAAAACACAAGCCUUACCUCAAUGAGCUGAACAAACUCAAUGUUAUUUCUGCAACACAGGCCAGUUUACAAACAGUAAUAAAUCUUAAAUUUUGACUGUUUGUAAGGGAUGAAUUUUUCUCUUGAGAGGCCAAGGCAUGUAUUACCUUUAUAGACUCAAUAUUAUGCAAUUGUAGCAUAAACUCUAGUGCAGUUAUCACAAGAUUAAAUUGGUGGACUUGAGUGAUAUUACUUCAUUACAGCAAGAGCAUUCAUACUGCAGGGUUUAAGUGUAGUUAUUUUAUGUAAAAUGAUGUUUUUAUGUUUUCUCAUUGUCAGUUCUUAGUAUGUGGUACCAUAGAUUGCUCCUGAUAAUUGUGUUUUUUUGGAAUGGCGCAUAAUCUGUUUUAAUUGAUAUCUGAAGCAACUACUGUUGCUGUUUUAUGAAGAAUGUACAGAAUAUGUUAAAUGUAAAUUUGCAUAUCUGCCUCUAUUUUCUGAAUAUUUUGAUGACACUAUAUUUUUAUAUAGAACUGGAAGAUGGCUGUAAAUACAAAAAUGUAUAUCCUGACUGGGGCUGUAAAGGUGAAAAGGUAAAGGUGCGAUAGUCCUACUGGUGCUUUGGCUGAGAGAAACAACACACCACAGGUGAGGGGCAAGGUUAAGAUGGACAGUCCUUCAUGGUAACCUCAGUUGGUGUGUGCUGUUGGUGUCAUUCUAUGUUGCAAACCAGCCAUGCAGCCAUUUUAGCUAACUAACACUGCACCAGGGGGCCAUAGUGAUUGGAAUUGUAAUUAUUCUGCAAAUACAGCUUUGGGAACUUAUUUCUUUGCUUUUACAUUUUAUAAAACUCAGAAUAAAUAAACGAAGAAAAUAUUAUGUGUCCAUCAUUCUCAGUUUUUAAGAAACAAAAAUGGAAAUGGCUAGAAAAGCUCACCAGGUCUGGCAGCAACUGUGAAGAGAAAUCAAAGUUAAUGUUUUGAGUCUGGUGACUCUUCCAGCAAUUUUUGUUUUUAUUUCUGCUUUACAGCAUCUGCAGUUCUUUCAGUUUUUAUUUUGUGUUUUUUCAAGAACCUUUUAUGGUUAGAUAUCUGAUUUAGAAACUGGCAAAGGACAACUGUGGCCAAACUAGCCAGUCUGCAAAUUUACCAUUGUCCUCAGUAACUUUUUUUUCCAGAUUAGCAAAGAAAACUGGUCAAUGAGGUUAUUAUUUGAAGAAAAGUAUAAUCUCCGUGUUUUGGGCGAUCUGAAAGUCAUUGGGGAGGAUGCUAAACUCUUCCACAAAAGAACUGAUAUGUGAAGCAUGGUGCCAAGAGGCUGUCAGUGUUUCUCUAUUAAUUCAUUUCUUUUUAAAUUCUCAAAUAGACUUGCCUUACAAUGUACUGUAAUGGAAGAUACUGGAUAUGUUUAAUAAACUAAUUUACCUGGA